UUCAGUGAGUGACGGAUGUGUAAACGGACUGCUUGUUCGUUAUUUAUUUGUUUCGUAUUUCAAUGUAAAAUUUUGGGUGACAAAAGUAUUUUAUUCUUAUGGACAUGUAAUUAAAAAGUGACUGCAUGAACCUUUAAAGCUUGGUUUCUUGUUUAAAAUGCUUGUGCCGUUGUCGGCGUCUUAUUGCAGGUUAUGAACUGAAUUCAAUUCGUCAUCAAUUUGCGUUUUUCUGUAUCGACAAACAUUUCUUUCUACUGAUAGAACAAAAAUUGUAAAGUGUUUUUGGUGCUUGACAAUUUGUAGUUACGACAGAAGAUAUUUUGAAGCAAAAUGGGGCUGAUUUUAUCAAAACUUCGACGUAAGAAAACAACAUCAGAGAUCCUCGAACGGUUGGAGUCAAACAUAAAGAGCAUCGAGCGAGAUGGACACUGCAAGGAGCAAACGCACCGGCGAGUGGUCGGCUAUGUCAUGGCGUACUCCGUGGGCUUGUACGUACUGCUCGCUGUACUGUACUACUACGUGUACGUCGGCCGUAGUCAGCACUGGCUGCAUUCCUUGCUCUACGCCUCCCCGCUGCUAGUGUUGCCAAUAUUAGUAUUUUUCAUUCGCGCUACGAUAUCGUGGUAUUACACAUGGUCAUUGAACAAGAAUAAAAUUAAACUAAAGACGAUGAGAGAAGAAAAGAAGAAGAUUCUAGAAGAAGUUAUGAAUACUGAAACAUAUAAGGUUGCUAAAGAGAUUCUUGACAAAUACGGUGGUCCGGAGGAGCAAUCGAACGCCCUCAAACCUUUACUGCCGGCUAUAACGUCACCAAACAACGUGAACAACGCACCUAAUUCCGCACCAGCAACACCAGUGCCAUUCCGACAGAAGCAGUUGGCGUUGCAGACAUCUACACCCGUGAACCGUAACAUGAAUUUGGUGCCCAUGAACAACACGACCACUGCAUUAUACAAAGGACCAAGACUUCGAUCAAAUCAACUUCCUCGGCCCUUGUUGGAUAGAAACAGAUCGACUUUAGACAAAGUGAUAGAUUAUUUGAUGAAGGACGGACCCAAUCACCGCAUGGCGCUUAUAUGUUCGGAAUGUUUCUCCCAUAACGGUAUGGCGAUGGUGGAGGAGUUCGAGUACGUGUCGUACUCGUGCGCGUACUGCGGCCGGCUGAACCCCGCGCGCAAGCAGCGGCCCGCCGCGCCGCCGCUGCGCCCCGCGCGCCCGCUGCUGCCCAUCUCCAACGUCAUCACCAAUUCCGGCGACGAUUCAUCAGCUGAUAGUAACACAAGCGAUAGUGAGGAAGAAAGAAGAAAUAAUAUAUUGAAUCCUGAAAAUAUGGACGUAUCUGAAUGCGAAAUAGAACGACCCCCUUCUUCGGAAGAAGAAGAACCGAAAUCCCCUACUGAGAAGAAAGAAGACUGAGCUUUUGUCAAUUCAUCCAUUUCCUUUCCCCUCGUGGUCCCUCCCCUCGGCAACCGAGCGGCGCCGGAGAACUACAUGGAACUACACUAUUUAACUAAAAUGUCUAUUAUUUAUGAAAAAACAUUUAUUUCAUCGAUUUUAUGACGAUUCAAUGAUAAAGGUUCUGUAAACGUUCAAAUGUGUUUGACGAAUUUGUUUGAUGUAGCUUUUCUUCAAAUGUGUCAUACAAAAAUACAAACAUUUAGAAUUUGACCGUUUACAGUGCCCUUUAUAAAUAUCGAUAUCAGACGAUUGCAACUGCUUACUGGCUAGUUUGCUUGAAUAAGUUUCAAAAAUAGAUUGGUUGUUUAUAAUUCAUUCCAGAUACUUUUUUAGAAGUUUUGUUAUGGUCCAUAAUAAUUUUGCUAUAAUUUUUACAAAAAUGUCGUAAAUUCGUUAACUUGUAUAAUUUCGAAAUCUUGUUAAAAUAUAGUAUUGUAAAUUGUGUAGCCGUAAAUAGUCCAAAAUUAGACUUUUGGUUUUCGUUUACUAAUUUUACAAUAUGUUAUAAAUCUUAUCUCGAGGAAAACAUGUUAUAGCAAAUUUUUGAAACUUUUUAUGUCUUAACAAAAUAAAUAGUUGAUAUAUACGCUUAAAUUAAUAAUAUUAGAAUAUGGUGCGAUGAUUGAAUUAAAUAUACCUACACAUUUUGAUGAUUGCAAAAGUAAAUUAUGUGCCUUACAAACUUUUCCGCGAUGACAGUUGUGAUAAACACCGCCAUCUUGAAUAUUCAUUAGGGAUGGUCGAUGGUGCAUUGUAAUCGAAUAUUAUAUCGAUAUUCUUUCAUAUCGACAUUAAGCAAUAAUAUAAAAACUAACAACUAAAUACAAAAAUUAUAAAAUAUUUGUUAAAGAUCUUAGUUAUCUUGAUAAUUGUGAAAAAUUUAUCAGCAAAUUUUUGUUUGCUGAACUUUUUUUUUAACAUCGACCAUCUCGGAUUUAUUGACAAUUCAUGUUUACAAUAAGAUUUUAAUACUUUGAUUAGAAACUAUAGUAAAUAUUGUAAUAGUGAUUGUAGUAAAUACAUUUAAAAACCAUAAAUCAGAAAGAAAAUCCAAUAAAAGUUGUGAAAGGCGUUUUUGCUCUGUUAGAAUUCUGAUAAAAUAUGUACUCUACUCUAUUUAUUAUAGCAUACUCUUGUGUUGAUAUGAUGCUAGUUAACACAGUGUAGUUUGCCCACGGUUAUAUAUUAAAAUCUUUCUUAAGUUAUUAAUUUGAAUCUUAAAGUAGAUUUAAUUUAGAUUGUAUUCAUAGUAAAUGUAUGUUUUUUUUUGCAUGUUUUUAUUUGUAUAUUUGGUAUGCUACUUAAUAGAUCAUGCUAUUCUUUUCCAAACUAAAGGACGGAUUUUGGAGUUUACGUAACUAAAGACAAGAAAUGUAUGGAGUAGUUUAAAUUUGUCGAUUCUCUUGUUUUUUGGAGUGUUACAAGAGUUAGAAAUUCCUUUUGGUGUGUCUUGUUUUUUAGCUACUCCAUAUCUGUCUAUGUCUGAAUCUGAUUUUGAACAUUGAAUUAAGCUGAACUAAAAUGAAGCAUUAAAUUUAAAUCGGUUUAAAAUUGUUAAUUUUAUUAUUAUUUUAAUUUAAAAAUCAUGUUAAAAAAGGCAGAUACUUUGCUCCCAAUUGCUUUUAUUAUGUUUCGUUAAAUAUUAGUGAUGUUAUAACAACAAUUAUUUUGAGUAUAUUCAUUUUAUAUAUGCGUGUAUUUCUAAAUGUAAAAAUGUAAAACAAAAUUUCCCUUAUUUAUUUAUAUCGAAGCAAAUAUACUCAAAUGCUUUAUCUAGUCAUUUGUUGAUUUAUUUGGACCAUUAAAGCUUGGAAAUAAUAAAAAAAUGGGUGACUGUGACUGUCGGUUUUGGGGUUGUUCAGAAUUGUUAAUGGAAAAAUGUACAAAUGAAAGUGUCUCAAUUAUUAAAUAAUUCGAAAUAAAGUUGCUUUUUAGAUUUUUAGAUGAUUAGCGAUGGUAAUUAGGAUUGUCGAAAAGAUAAUAAAUAGUCCUAAAAUAUGGUGAUAAGGUUGAAAGUCAAGAAAUGAGGGAUUUAAUUUUAUUUUCACCCAAUCUGUUUCAGAAUUCGUAUAUUAGACAGGUUUUUAAAAGACAUACAAACUUUUAUUCAGAGCACUUCUGUCACUGCUUCAUCUUUGAUAUUUUUUGUGACUUGUGACAAUAUUGCUUGACUUGCUGAGGAAAACCCUUGGUGAUUUAUUUGAAUUAUUGUGAAUACAAUUUGGUACUGUUUCUUACUAAGGAUUUAAAUUAAGGAUGCUUGCUAUUAUACUUUUGCAAUAUUACUUAAUUUUAAAUUAAAAGCAGUCAAUUUACGAGACUAGUAAUUAUAACAAAUGUAUUUAAACAUUUUUCUUUUAAUGUAUAAGGCAAUACUGAUUUCAGACGUUUUUUUAAUAGAGAGCUAGAAAUAAAAUAAUUUCAAGGUAGUAAUAGUUUUGGUCUAACAUAGAACUGAUUCAAUUAUCAAUUUAGUGCCGUUUGCGGUACAUAGAAGGGAACAUCAUAAAGGAUGGUAGAGUUUGUUUUUGUUGACGAGAGGUUUUGGUUUCUUUGUAAUAUGUUUAUGAUUUGUUUAAACAUUUGGCACAUAAAAUGUAUAUUCUGAUCAGCAUGGUAUUGGAUGGGAAUCCGUGACAAAACGUCUCCGUAAAUUACUUAAUCUGUACUACAAAUUAUCUAGGUUUGUAAAUAAAGUGACAGGAAGUUGUUGAAUUUGUUAUUUAUUAUUGCUUGUAUCGUGUUUUAGCUGUUUUAUAACAUGAAUAUUAUAAGUACCCAGUU